AUGGCUUCACGUACACGUAAAAUCUCAGUUGUUGGAGCUCGUGGUGUUGGUAAAUCAACAUUAGUUGUUCAAUAUGUUGAUAAUUAUUUCUUGGAAAGUUAUUAUCCAACAAUUCAAAAUCAAUUUAAUAAAUCAAUUAAAUUUAGAAAUCAAACUUAUGAAGUUGAAAUCCUUGAUACCGCAGGACAAGAUGAAUUCACUAUAAUAAAUGAUUCUACAAUCGUACAUGGUUAUAUCUUGGUUUAUGCCAUAAAUAGCAGAUCAUCAUUUGAAUUAUUACCAGUCAUAAGAGAUAAGAUUUUGGAUUCAAUUGGAACAGAUAACGUACCUAUGAUUCUUGUGGGGAAUAAAGUAGAUUUAGAAAGAAAAGUUUCUAAAGAAGAAGGAACAAAAUUAGCAAAAGAUUUUGGAAUUCCUUAUAUUGAAGUUAGUGCAAAAUUAAGUAGUGGUGAAAAUAAUGAUAUAAGUAAAAUUUUCUUAGCAUUAUUGGAACAAAUUGAAGGUGAAAAAAUUGAUACAACAAAUGAAAAAUGUGUUAUUGUUUAA